AUGAAUCGGCAAACUAUGAUUGAAAUGCGUGAAAACAUGCAGGAAUCAGCUUUAGAUGAAGCAGACAAAGCCGAUCCUCAAUCCACUGUCUCUCCCAUUCCAGAGAUCCCCGAUGCGACAAUUAAUACACCCGACCAGGGUUAUUCUCGGCUAUCCAUGAUUUCCAUGGUGGUUUUCAGCGGUUUGGCUAUUGGUUCAGAUGGCUUCAAUGCCUCGAUUAUCGGCAACUUAGAACUCAUAAUGGGAGUCAUUUAUACAGAAUCACUCACUACUGCAGUUGCCGCUCGUCUCUCAAAUGCCUUCAUGGUUGGUAUGAUUGUUGGUAUGUUAUCUUUCGGCUAUAUCUCGGAUAGGUUGGGUCGAAAGACAGGUGCAAUUCUUACCACAAUCCUUUUGGUCCUGGGAAUUGCCCUGAGUGCUGGUGCCAGUGGAAUCACUGAGAAUGGCAUGUUCUGGAUGCUUAUCAUUGCCCGUGGGGUCGCGGGUGUCGGUGCAGGGGGCGAAUAUCCUGUCGCUGGUGCUGGUGCAGCCGAAGCCACAGAUGAAGCUCCUGGCAUGCGCAGACGAAGAGGAUUUAUCUUCGCCAUGAUCGGGGAUUUAUCUGCUUCUCUUGGGUUCGCCUUCGGUGCACUCGUUCCGUUGAUUCUUUUGCUAUGUUUCCAUCAAAAGGUGCAACACUACGAGUCUGUGUGGCGCAUAUCAUUAGCUAUGGGUGCUAUUCCUCCCUUGUCCAUCUUUUGGUUUCGCUACCGAAUGGUGAUGAGCUCGGCGUAUCGCAAAAGCUCAAUGAAAAAGCAACGAAUUCCAUAUUGGCUGGUGCUCAAAAAGUACUGGCGACCUUUGCUUGGAGUUUGCGGCUCAUGGUUCAUCUAUAAUUACAUCUCCUAUCCCUUCGGACUGUUCUCAUCUACCAUUGUUGGGCGUGUGAAUCCUACCUCUUCCCUUGCACUCACCAUGGCUUGGGGUACACUUAUCAAUUGCUUUUACAUUCCAGGUGCAUUCAUUGGUGGCUUAUUGUCAGAUCGAAUUGGACGCCGCCGCACAAUGGCUUUGGGUUUCGGGCUGCAAGCCAUUCUCGGAUUUAUUCUUGGCGGCGCCCUUGGUCCAAUACAAACCAAGCUUCCCUUAUUUAUUGUACUUUAUGGAGUCUUUUUGACUCUGGGUGAGGUUGGACCGGGAGCCACUAUUGUUCUCACUGCCAGUGAAAGCUUCCCCACCGCAGUUCGUGGUCAUGGAGUUGGUCUGGCCGCAGCCUGGAGUAAGGCGGGAGCAGCGAUUGGAACGCAGGUAUUUAAACCGAUUCUGGCUAGCUGGGGUAAUGACAGUCUUCAUGGAACCCAAGCCGUCUUUUUGAUCGGCUCUGGCUUCGCGGUUAUUGGGGCAUGUCUGGCCUGGUUCGUUCUUCAGGAUAGUGAUACUAUCUUGGAUCAUGGAGACCAAGAGUGGAAGGAUUACUUGACUGCUCAUGGCUAUAGCCAUAUCGAAUGGGGAGUUGAAAAGCAGCCUAUUACUAUCGCAGAUGCCAAAGUACUAGACUAA